CAUGUCCUUCUCGCCGCUUCCGUCUGCCCUCGCCCGCGCUUAUAUACACCUUCGCAUAACACACUUCCGUUCCAGGCUACAUAACACUGCACUGUAGCCGCUCCGGAACGCUCAAGGCUCUUUCGAGGCUCUUUACACCAGCCCCAACUGUCCGCCAUUGCGUUUGAAUUUCGCUUCCUGGCGCCAUUGAAACACCGUCACGCGGCCAAGAUGACUUCUUUUAUGCCAAUGGAGCAGCUUGUAGGCAAGUGGUCCACUCACAGCUUUGACCUCGAAGGAGAAGCGAUGAGAACCUGCCGAGGCCAUCCCCUUCGACACUUUCGCCAUCUUCCGAACUGGCGUCACCCGGCUCUGAAACUAGCUCUGAUACAGUAACUAAUACCCGGUUAUUCGCUUACAGACUCGGCAUGUGACACCGACUGGUCAGAGCCAAACGUGCCUUUGAUGCUGGAGAUUUGCGAUAUCAUCAAUCAGAAAGGGAAAAGCUCGCCCAGAGAAGCGGCAUUCGCGAUAGUGCGGAAUGUCAACAGAGGUGGAACACAGACUGCCAUGCAUGCAUUAUUGCUUUUGGACUACUGCACGAAAAACUGCGGGUAUCCUUUCCACCUCAUCAUCGCCACGAAAGAGUUUCUGAACGAGCUCGUGAAACGGUUUCCGGAGCGUCCUACCACGACGAAUAGCGUCCACCACCGCAUCCUCGAACUCGUGCAAACAUGGAACGCGACGCUAUGUGUCACUUCGCGGUACAAGGAGGAUUUCAAGCAUAUCAACGAUAUGUACCGAUUACUGUCGUACAAGGGGUAUAGGUUCCCGCCACUUUCGAAAGACGCCGCUGCAGCUCUCAACCCGACGAAUACUCUGCGGACACAAGAGGAGCUGGAGCAGGAGGAUAAACUGGCGCAGGGUGCUAAACUACAAGAAUUGCUGCGUCAGGGCACCCCCGCCGCGCUUGAGCAGGCGAACGAUUUGAUGAAAAUCAUGUCUGGCUACGACACAGAACGCAUCCCCGACUACAAAAAACAAGCCGAAGAAGAACUCAACCGCAUCGAACAGCGCGCUAUCCUCCUCAACGACAUCCUCACCCAGAAACAGCCCGAGGACCGCCAUAAACACGAUUCGACCAUGGAGGAACUCCUGGGGAGCGCCAAAAGUGCGCAGAGCAGGAUCCAGAAGUUGAUUAGUGACGGGGAUGAUGAUGAGCGGAUGGGACGGUUGCUCGAGACGAAUGAUCUCAUUAAUACGGUUAUCAACAAACAUGCGGAUUUCAAGGCUGGGAAGCCGAUACAGGGUGGCGAUGCAAGACCCGCCCAGCCAAACACAACAUCCCCGACCAAACCACCAGACACCGGCAUCAGCCUCAUCGACCUCGACGACUGGGGCGCACCGGGUCCCGCCGUCAGCCCGGGCGCCGCGGCGGGGUUGAUGGCCGCGUCGACUGUUUCCAAACCCGCUGCUGCGCCGUCAGGCGGCGGCGGGUUUGGGAGUCUGAUGGAUGCAUUGGGUGAUUUGAACUUUUCGACACCGACAACGCAAACCCCGCCCCUCCAAACCGCCGCCCCCUUCCCCCACCAGCAGCCCGCGUCCUACCUCGCCCAACCGGGCGUGCAGGGCUUCUCCACGCCCCCACAAGGUUUCUCCACCCCGCCACAAGGCUUCUCCACGCCCCCGCUGCAAUCCAACGCCUUUUCGGGGCUGGGCGGUUUGGGCUUCCAACCACAACAACCGCAGCAAGGAUUUGGUUCCCGCCCCCAACAACAGCCACAACAAGGACAGGGGAGUAAUGCGUGGGGGACACCGACGGCCUUCCCGGGCACCCCGCCUGUGUAUAAUGUGCAGCAACAACAGCAGCCGCAGCAGCAGCAGAAGCCGGACCCGUUUGCGGGCGUGGAUUUGUUUGGUAAGCUUGCUGGGAUCCAAGCAAGCACCUCGUCGGCCCCGGGAACCCCGCCCCCUGGUACCAUCCCUGGAACGCCGCCCGUGCAGCAGCAGAGGAAGGAAGUCAUGCUGCACGACAAAAACGGCCUCCAGAUCAAAUACCGCCUCCUCUGGAAAGGCAACGCGUGGGCCGCUACGGCCGUGUUCAUCAACGUCACCCCGGUGCCGUUCACCGAUCUGACGUUCCAGGUCGCUGCUCCCAAGUCGAUGACGUUACAUAUGGAAACGGCGUCGGGAACGCUUGUCCCGCCGUUGAACCAGGCGCAGGUCACCCAGGGCAUGCAUAUCGUUAAUCCCGGCAAGGAACCCCUCCGUGUACGCUACAAGGUGCAGUACGCGGUCAACGGCGCCGUGGUAAAUGAGGGUGGGGAGUAUAAUGAGGCUGCGCCUGUGUGAGGGAUGAAGAACAAGGGGGGAGGGGGAAGAUGGCAUUGUGGUGAAUGAUAGGCGCCCGUGAAUGGCGGAUAGGGGAGGGUGUGUUUUUGGGGUGUGUAGUGAAUCCCAAAAUGAAAUGGUGGUGCCCCCAUGUUUCGCCCCCCUCGGAAUGUCAUGAUCUCCCUUCACAAUUCAUUCAUCCGGUCGAGGGGAUCCCGAAAUGUGGCGAGGAUCGAAAUGUGGAACCAGAAUUUCUUUGUACAAUUGUGCAGGAUGGGGAAGAUGAACUCCCAAACAUGAAAAAGGAGGCUAUGUGCAAUGUGAGAAGCAGGCUCGCUCGUUGGCCGUUUAGAUGACGGUCACUUUAUGUAUGCACGACGUGUACAGCCCGCCCACGUUCUUGGACCAUUUAUCUAGGCCGUUGUAGUGCAGUGUGUUCGUGGACCUGCCGAAAUGC